UCUUCCAUUUCAACCCCCUUUAGUGUGGUCUUUUUAAUAUGGCAAAAUGCCGCACGGUUAACAUUAAAAGGUCAAUACAGAUUAUCGUUUCUCUUAAGACUGUCUUUGUAAACCCCUCCAGUUAAUUUUUAACCUUAUUAAUAUAUACGCCCAUAUUUUGACUCUAUAUCUAACGAUAUCUUAGUACUGUGCAACGUAUAGGCAAUGUUUGCUCACUAUUGUGUUAUGCCAUCGUUUAAGUAAAGCGUGAUUCAUUAUACAGUUUUAUUAAUGAUUCCACGCAUGCAAGUAAGAUACAGGUAAACCCUAUUUUUGAGGCCGUGGGACGUCCUUCAUCAGGGUCCUCGUAUUUAAUUCUAUAAAGACUGACUUGAGCUGAAGUAGUUCCUGGAUGCAGACGACAUGGUGCCAGAAGAUUGUCUUUAAUAAUGUUACGUACGUGCAUGUUAAACUGGAUACAAAUGGAACUAAGUGAAUUGCUAUCUGCCUAGAUAUAUAUAAAUAUUAACUAGGCAGUAUCAGCAGCCAAGGUGCUUUGUUUUCCUACUGUGAUUACUGUGUCACUCUGUCGAGAGGAUAGACCUCCGUAUUUAACGCAAAAUAUACAUGUAGGUUUGCCAUUUUCCAAGAUGCGAGGAAUAUUAAGUGCGUUACAUCUUGCUGGGUUACUUUUUGUAGGCGUCACACAUGGAACUGACAUGAACAAACACGUUAACGUCACUUUUACUCCUGGCUCGCUAGAAAUGCUGUUUGAGGAGGCGGAGAUGACGAUAGUCGCAACUAUGCACAGUGAUAUCCAGCAGAAUAUUUAUAUUCAACUCUCUCCGGAAGACGGGGCCGUUGUCUCUGUAACAAACGAUACAAACUUUUUAUACGAUACUUGGGACACUACUGCAAAGAGCACGUAUACCAAAAAUGUCACUUUCACCGUCAGAGGGAAAUUUGUUGGUAAAACAACCCUAAGCGUUCUCCUCUUCAACACUGCCGACGCAUUUAAGGCCAAUAACAAUCGUACGGUAUUCCCGUCCCGCUACAAGGUCAAUGUUCUUCGUAACCCAAAGGCUCUGGAUACAAUAUUUACUAUUGUUGUUGCCGUGUCUGUGUCUAUCAACACUAUCGGAUUUGGUUGCAAGUUGGACCUAGAUGUUGUUAAAGAAAUUCUUAAAAAGCCGGUCGCUCCGGUGGUAGGCUUAAUAUGUCAGUACGCGGGAAUGCCCAUGAUAUCAUUUUCCAUAGCGAAGAUCCUGAAACUUCCAAACGAGUUGGCCCUCGGGUUGUUUGCCAUAGGCUGCAGUCCAGGAGGAGGCGCUAGCAAUAUCUGGUCACUGUUACUGGACGGUGACGUCAGCUUGAGUCUAACCAUGACUUUUAUCAGUAACGUUGCUGCAUUAGGACUGAUGCCCCUCUGGCUGUUCACACUUGGCCAAGUGUUCGCCACUGACGUUACUGUGCCUUACGUCAACAUCAUCACCUCGCUCAUCUCAUUGGUAGUACCUGGAAUCAUAGGCGUACUCAUCGGGCGGUUUUUACCAAAAGUCGCCAAAGUUAUACGAAAAUGCGUCGCUCCUAUGUCUUUAAUUUUAGUCCUUUUCAUCAUCACAGCCGGGGUAUACACCAAUGUAUACAUGUUCCUUUUAAUGGCAAAGGAUUGGAGAGUGAUCAUAGGAGGCGUCCUUCUUCCAGCGGUCGGAUAUGUAAUAGGUUGUAUCGCUGCAUUUGCUUGUUGUCUACCAUGGUAUCGCGUCAAGACUAUCAUGUUCGAAACUGCGAUUCAGAAUACGGGGAUUGCGAUUGUGCUUCUCCGGUUUUCUCUGCCUCAGCCGGACGCCGAUUUGUCGUCUGUGAUGCCAGUUACUGCGACGAUGUUCACUCCUCUGCCGCUGCUCUUUAUCUACAUCGUUAAAAAGAUUGUCGGGUGCUGUUGUGGGAAGCCAAAAGAUGAGGACGAAGAUGACGAGGAGGAAAAAGAAAAAAAUGAUAAAAAUGACGAUAUAGAAAUGAAAUCGGAAGAUGAAGAAACCCCUAAAAAAUUACCAAAGAGAUUAAGUCAAGUGCCGUUGACCUCUUUGUGAAAGUUCUAGAAACAGUAUUAAGACUAAUACAUAUAAAAGUGGACAUAAAUUAGACUUAAAUAAAUUACCCAUGAUUUCCUUUUUAUCAAAAUCAAAAAUCAAAAUGAAGAAUAUUUUCUUGCUAUCGAUGGAUAUGCCUAUCUAUAUUGAUGGUUAAUCUCUUAAUAUUU